AUGAUUAUUACAGAGCAUCUCCCCGAAAUCCUCGUCGCCUUUGCCGUCGUCGUAUUCUUCCACCUCCGCCGGCUGGCCAACAAGCGAAACCAGCAGCAGCAGCAGGAUGCUAACAUUGUCCCCGAAAUCCCCGGUGCCCUGCCUCUGGUCGGCCACCUCCACCUCCUGAGGGGCAACCAGAUCCUGGCGCGGAAGCUGGCCUCCUUCGCCGACAAGUACGGCGCCGUCUUCACCGUCCGCCUCGGCGCCAACAACCCGACCGUCGUGGUCAGCGACUACGACGACGUCAAGGACUGCUUCACCACCCACGACCGGAUCCUCGCCUUCCGGCCGGACUCCAGCCACGCCAAGAUCCUCGGCUACAACUACGCCGGCAUCGGAUUCGCGCCUUACGGCACCUACCUCCGCGAAAUCAGGAAGCUGCUCACCACCCAGCUCCUCUCCGUCCAUCGGAUCAAGGCCCUCGCCCACGUCCAGAUCUCCGAGAUCCAUUUCCUCAUCGCCGACCUCUACCAGCAGAGCACCGGCGGAGGCGGAAACGAUGAUAAGGCUAAUGGAGAUAUGAACCAGAAGCAGUAG